AUGGCGGCUGCCCUGGCGGCGCCAUCACCUUACACUCAGGAACAUAAAUACGCUCGAGUCACAGUGCAGCAACAAAAGAUCACCUCCGAGAAGCAAAUUUUGGUGAAGGAUAGCUCUACUGGAGACAUACUUGGUUCCGCCUGCUCAAAUGCUCUGACCACCGGGGCGUUUUCCGACUUCGGUAUCGUCGUAGAUGUUGGACCUAACGGCGACGGCAAUAUUACUGCCGGGCCUUCCACAUUUGUUGUUCACGAGGAUCCCCAGUACUCCGGUGGUAUCACUUGUUACAGAAUGUACAAUGAUUAUGAGUCGUUUGUGGUAUGCGACGGCGUUCCUUUGCCCACCACUGUUCCAUUGGAACCUAUAAAAGGGAACGACAUAUCCCCUUGUUUCAGUGACACAGUAGACAUGACUUCACAGCGAGCAGCGCAGACCAUCCACGUUGUGGAUACUUUUCCAGUGUCUGGCUCUCAAGCAAACACCACAAGUGCUGUGUAUAUAAGCAAUUUGGAGCAGCGGCAAACUGGCACGUGCAGUCAGUGGUCACCUGCUACAAGGAAAGUUGGAGACGGCGAUCCCCAUCAGAACUAUUGGCGGAAACAGUUGAGCGAGAACCUGGAUUGCGGGAGCGCAGACCAUUGCACUGUUGGCGCGUCCCAAUCAAAGUCGUUUACAAUCGGAUGGACGGCGACUGCAGAUGCAUCACAAUGGAUCUCAGGCGGCUUUGCAGUGCAGGCGAGCUGGACAACUGGGCUUGACUAUCAAUGCACUGCUAGCUCCCAUCAGACAGUCUGUAUCUGGUACAACACCGCUCAUACUGCGUAUACUGCUCAAAACGGACUUUACAACGUUUGCACGGGAUUCAACCCUAACAACGGUGCCGGCUUCGUCAUGUUCUCGCCAAACCAGAACAACAAGGGUGGCGGGUAUUACUGCGUUAUUGGCACAUGUCGCAACCAGGGGCAAAAUUACUGGGACAAAAGUGGUCCUGCAGGUGGACCUUGA